CCCUGUGCUCUCACUGUCUGUUCAACACUGAGACCCCUGCAUCCUGCAUCGGUUCCUGCAUCCAAAGAUGACUUUAACAUGGAUGUUACUGGUCCUUACUGGGAUUAUCUGCACAGAGACUAAGAUUGUACACGUGGAUAUUAACCUGAGGGGGUGCUCAGACUCAGAUGGAGAGCACAUGUAUGCACUGGAUGGGGAAGAGAUGGGCCACGCAGACUUCACCAAGGGCAAAUUCGUUAUGACAAUGCCUGAGUUUGCUGAUCCGUAUACAUAUGAGGAUAGCGUAUAUGAGUUUGCAGUUGCAGAACAGAAACUCUGCAAACAGAAUAUGCAAAUAUUCACAGAAGCAUACAAAAGUCCAGCAGAAGCAGAGGCCCCCCCCAUGAGCUCCAUCUACCCCAGACAUGAGGUGAAGGUGGGCACUGACAACACCCUCAUCUGUCUCAUAACUGGGUUCUACCCUCCCCGGCUCACCGUGAGGUGGACCAGGAACAACAAGAACGUGACCCAGGGAGUGAGCAGCAGUCAGCUCCGUGUGAAUGUUAAUGACUUCUCCUACAACCAGUUCUUCACCCUGAAGUUCACCCCUCAGGAGGGGGACAUCUACACCUGCACUGUGGAGCACCAGGCACUGGAGGGGCCCAUGACAAGAGAGUUUGAUGUUGAGGUGUGUGUGUGUGUGCAUCUCUGUCUUCCUCAGAUGUUGAGGUGUCAGAGCCCAGUCUUGGUCCCUCAGUGUUCUGUGGAGUGGGUCUGACUCUGGGACUGCUGGGAGUGGCUACCGGAACGUUCUUCCUCGUCAAGGGAAACCAGUGCAACUGAAACUGCAUUCUAAUGUGGCUUCCUAUUCAUUCCCAUCAGAUGAAUGAAAUGUAGAUAAUGCAAUCCUGACAUUCCCUGUUUCUCUGCCUCAGCCUUUAUGUUGAAAGUUUAAUGGAAGAAUGAAACUUCACAAUAACCCCUCUGUAAAUCACUGUGUGUGCUCCUAUUUUUACUUUGGUUUACUGUUAAAUGUUUCUGAACCCAUGUUUAUGAGGUUUUGAUGGAUUCUACUUUGGAGUUUCAAUUAAUAUUCUGUGGAUUAAUCCUGAAUUAUGAUGUUUCCAUAAAACAUAUUGGCCUUGUUUCCCAUACAGAGAUUAAGCCUUGUCAUAGACUAAAUAAUGUAUUAAACCCAAAUUUCCCAGACAUGGAUUAACAUAGACUUGCCCUAGUCUUGAUUUAAACAAUCAGAUUUCCAGAGGAAAGAUCAGAGCUAAUCCAGAUGUAAAUGAAGCCUUUAUGGAACACGCAGCUCACAGCUCAAUUAAAAGAGUGUGGGUUAUACAGUAUCUAUUUACUUAGACCAGUAUCAGAAUAACUAGGUAAGACUAUGGAGGUAGAUGGAUGCAACACAAGUUAAGAUUUGAGUUUAAAAAUAAUUAGUACAUUUAUUAAUAAGUUUGAAUGGAUAUAUAAAAUGUAUGAUAUAAAUAACAAUAAAUAAAAUAAAUGGAUUGAAAUAAAUAAAAUGCAAUAAAGUGCAAAGUGCAGUGCAAUAAAUAACAAUAUCAGAUAACAAAUCCUAAGUCUUAUUCAGGUGCACCCUUAUCUAACUAAAUCUAACAUGUUAUACAAUUACACAAAUAAUUCAUAAAAUAUCAAUGUUCGAUUAAAAACAUUCACAGUGUUCAAAGUCAAAGUAUUCAACGGUACGUAUCAAUGGUAAAUUCAAAGUGUUUGUUAAAAGUUCAGUUCGAUGUUGUAUCAAGCACAAAUACCAAGUGUUCAUUAAAGUGUUCUGUUCAAUGUUGAA